GGGAAACAAUUGAUAGUAGACUUGCAGUCGUACACUGUUCUCGCAAUUGACAAGACAGACUCUACGACUUUAUACAAACAUACGUUAACUUUACCUUUUCAACAUAUCAACCCCUUCUUUGCUCCUUCACUCCUACGUUUCCUUUUUAUGAAGAUCAUUAGUGUGACUACAAGGAGAUGCAAAUGGGUUUCUAGGAACUAUGAGUCAUUUGUGCAAAUGGGUCACAAGAACAACAGGAAGCCUUUCUAUGUUUGGUGGGUCCCGCUUUGACUUGAUCUUGUAUGUGAGUGUGUGUUUGUUGAUUAGAUUUGGUUUGAUUGAAAUGGGGUUUGAUUGUUUUUGUGUAUUGUUGUUUAUUUGUAGAAUUUGUGAAGCGAUUGAGGUUAAUUUUUGAUGGUUUUUUUUAAAAAUUAAUUGUAGGGUUUUGAUUGAUUUGUAGAUGUGGGGUUGUGUCGAAAUGGGAGGAUUUUUAAUGAUUUGUAGUUAGGAUUAGCUGAAUUUAGGUUGUGUGGUGGGAUGUUCUGGUGAAGAUUUGGGAUUUUGUGGGUAGUGAUUGGAGUGAUGGAGUUUACUGGGAGGAAGAGAAAAGGAGGGGAGAUUCUUGAAUCUUGUCGGAAGAAUACGAUCUCAUUGACAGCAUUAUGGUCACGUUUGUCUCUUGAUGAGUACUCGACGCGAAAAAAGAAGUGCAAGGAAGUAGAGGUAGUUGAAUCUGGGAAGAGUCUGGUUAAGGGCGUUGCCACUGCUCCGGUUUGUGGGGUUUCAUCAUUGGAUCCGCCUGGAAGGGGUUUAAAGAGGAAAAUUGGCUGUAUUGAUGUAGCGACGCGAAUGGGUAGAAAGAAGAAGAUUGAACUGGAUUAUGUGUUGGGUGAGGUUAUCGGUAAAGGGAAAUUUGGGUCAGUUGUGCGGUGUCGGAGUAAAUCUUGUGGAGAAGAGGUAGCAUGUAAGACGGUGCGCAAAGGGAAGGAGAUUGUGCAUCGAGAAGUAGAGAUAAUGCAGCACCUUUCUGGACAUCAAGGUGUGGUGACAUUGAAUGCAGUCUAUGAGGAUUCUGAAUCUUUUUAUCUUCUGAUGGAGCUUUGUGCUGGAGGACGGUUGCUUGACAGUAUGGCUAAAGAAGGGCUAUAUUCUGAGCGAAAAGCUGCUAAUAUUCUGAAGGAACUAAUGCUGGUAAUAAGAUAUUGCCACGAGAUGGGUGUUGUUCACCGGGAUAUAAAGCCUGAGAACAUUCUUUAUACAGCAUCUGGAAAACUAAAGCUUGCAGAUUUCGGAUUGGCUGUUAGAAUUUCAAAUGGUCAGACCUUGACUGGUGUGGUUGGAAGUCCUGCAUAUGUUGCACCUGAUGUUUUAGAGGGUAAUUAUUCAACCAAGGUGGAUAUCUGGAGUGCAGGUGUCCUCCUCCAUGCGCUUUUAAUUGGAUUGCUGCCAUUUCAUGGUAAUUCUGUUGAAUCUGUUUUUGAGGCUGUGAAGAAUGUAAACCUUGAUUUCGAGGGUGAUAAAUGGGAGUCGAUAUCCCAACCGGCUCGUGAUUUACUUGCACAUAUGCUGACAAGGAAUGUUUCAUCAAGGUUCACAGCUGAUGAUGUACUAAGUCAUCCCUGGGUACGAUUCUACACAGAACCAACAAUAAACACUCUAACUUUGAGUCCGGAGCUGACUCGUAACUUUAGGUUGACUAAGAAACAAGCAACUCCAAGAUCUGGCCUGGAAUCUGACAGUAGUAAGGCAAUAACAAGAAGCUUUACCGGUGAUGACCAGGGUCCUGUUUUAACAACCCGCAACUCAGGCAAGAGACCUGCCGAUAAGAGUAAUGAUUUGGUUGAUGUUUUAGCCGAGGCAAUCUCACGUGUGAGGAUAUCCGAGCCAAAGAGAAGCAGGUUAUGCAGUCCUGCGAACCCAAUUGAAAAAGAAUGUUCAUCUAACAUCAAGGUAAACAGCCUAUGUGCUGCAUUUUGACUACCUCUAUAACAUAGAAGCACAUGACCUUGGUUACUAUUAGUUAUAACUGGUGAAGAGACCCGCUUACUCCUUUGAAGUUCUCAACUUGAUAAAGCAGAAGCCAAGGUGACCAACUCUUUGACGGCGAUAUCAAAAAUGGUAGUUGUAAUACUUAAGUUUUAACUAGAAACUUGAUUACUUUUGAUCACCUUUUGUUACAUGUGAGUUGUACAGCCUGUGAACAAUGAUUGUGAGACUUGAGGAUUAUCAUCUGUAUGUAAAUACUUAAAACUGUACAUGUAAGUUCUGUAAAAAACCUAUUAGUUACAUAACUGGCUAAAAUAUAAAAUUAUGAACGUCUGUUUUUUUCUUA